AUGACAUCCCUUUUCUCUUGUUUAUGUAGCGGAGGCUUCGAAAAAGAUGGAAGUAUAAGGCGUGAUUGGAGCUUUCCUCAUUCACCUCCACUAGAUCCCGAUUUAUCUGAUGUUGAAGAUGAUGAUAAAUAUUAUACGUACACACAAAAAAGUGCAACACAUUCAAUUGCUUUAGGAGAGUCCACCACUAAAGUUGUCUAUCCAAAUGACGAUGAUUAUGAUGAUGAUGAUGAUGAUAUCGGAUAUAUUAGUCAUGAUGAGGGUAUUUACUAUGGUGAGAAUAACUCCGUUAAUGAUAGUGUUAACGGGGUUGAUAGAGGCUAUGAGUCUGACGAUGCUGAUGGUGAUGGUGAUGAUGGAUAUGGUAGUGCUGACGGAGGAGAGGAAGAUGGUGGAGACGAUAACUAUAGUGGAGAAGGUGGGAGUAGUUUCCGCGGUGAUGGCUAUGAGAGUGCAUGA